AUGGGCGAUACGCAAAGUCGGCGGCAGGCGUACCAGGUCGAACGUGAGGAGCGAAGGGCGAAUAGGAGUAGGUCCCCGGAGCUACAGUUAUUGGCCUCACCGCUAGUGUCAACCGCGGGAUCCAUGGGACCGACGGUGUCCCCGGUGGUAUCGCCGGGGUACACUGAGGCGGAAAGUGACCUGGAGUUGGUGAGCUGGGAGCGGGCGCCACGGAGAAAACGCGCACGCGAGGCGAAGCGCGAGGAGCCCCAUACCAGCAAGCACGAGGAGCCCCGCGCCAGCAAACAUGAGGAGCCCCGGUCCAGCAGACGCGAGGAGCCCCACACCGGCAAGCGCGAGCAGCCCCACGUCAGCAAACGCGAGGAGCGGUCUGAGGGAGGCAGGAAGGGGCGCACGGAGACGCGGAACGAGGAGCCCAGUGAGCGGGCAUCGAAGCGGGCGUCCACGCGUUCGACGCGUACGGCCAAGGGAGAGGAGCCGUCGGCACGCACAAGGGGAAGAUCGACAGCGUGGCGAGGGGACCAGCGGCCGACAAACCCACAGGUCGAGGAGCCGCAGCCAACGCCGACCGAAAACGCGGUCAAAGAGCCGCAGACAACCGCAGGCCAAGAGGCUGAAGGCCACACAGGAGUCUGA